GUUUUCCCUGCUCCUGCUCUCACAGACCUGUCGGCCGCCAAGCGCAAGUUCGCGGAUUCCCUCAACGAGUUUAAAUUCCGCUGCAUCGGCGACGCUGAGACGGAUGAUGAGAUCUGCAUCGCCAAGUCUCUGCAGGAGUUUGCCACGGUGCUGCGGAACCUGGAGGACGAGCGGAUGCGCAUGAUCGAGAACGCCAGCGAGGUGCUGAUCACGCCGCUGGAGAAGUUCCGCAAGGAGCAGAUUGGGGCUGCCAAGGAUGCCAAAAAGAAAUAUGACAAGGAGACUGAGAAAUACUGUGGUGUCCUGGAAAAGCACUUGAAUUUGUCUUCCAAGAAGAAAGAGUCCCAGCUUCAGGAGGCAGACAGCCAGGUGGACCUGGUCCGGCAGCACUUCUACGAGGUCUCCCUGGAAUACGUCUUCAAGGUGCAGGAGGUGCAGGAGAGGAAGAUGUUUGAGUUUGUGGAACCUCUCCUGGCCUUUCUGCAGGGGCUCUUCACGUUCUACCACCACGGCUACGAGCUCGCAAAGGACUUCAGCGACUUCAAGACAGAGCUGACAAUCAGCAUCCAGAAUACAAGAAACCGCUUUGAAGGAACGAGGUCAGAGGUUGAAGCUUUGAUGAAGAAGAUGAAGGAGAAUCCCCACGAACACAAAAACAUCAGCCCUUACACGAUGGAGGGGUAUCUCUACGUGCAGGAGAAGCGUCACUUUGGCACUUCCUGGGUGAAGCAUUACUGCACCUACCAGAGGGAAUCCAAGCGCAUCACCAUGGUGCCCUUCGACCAGAAGUCGGGAGGAAAAGGGGGGGAGGAUGAGGCUGUCACCCUGAAAUCCUGCACACGGCGGAAAACAGACUCCAUCGAGAAGAGGUUCUGCUUUGAUGUGGAGGCUGUGGAUCGGCCCGGCGUCAUCACCAUGCAGGCGCUGUCGGAGGAGGAGCGGAGGCUGUGGAUGGAGGCGAUGGACGGCCGGGAACCGGUGUACAACUCGAACAAGGACAGCCAGAGCGAAGGCACGGCACAGCUGGACACCAUCGGCUUCAGCAUCAUCAAGAAGUGCAUCCACGCUGUGGAAACGAGAGGGAUCAAUGAGCAGGGGCUCUACCGGAUCGUGGGGGUGAACUCCAGAGUUCAAAAGCUGCUGAGUAUAUUAAUGGACCCCAAGACAGCCACAGAGACAGACACGGAGAUCUGUGCAGAGUGGGAGAUCAAGACCAUUACUAGUGCACUGAAAACGUACCUGAGAAUGCUCCCAGGGCCCCUCAUGAUGUACCAGUUUCAAAGGAGCUUCAUCAAAGCAGCGAAACUAGAGAAUCAGGAGUCCAGGGUGUCGGAGAUUCACAGCCUCGUUCAUCGGCUCCCAGAGAAAAACAGGCAGAUGCUGCACUUGCUCAUGAACCAUUUGGCAAAAGUUGCAGAUAAUCACAAGCAGAACCUGAUGACUGUUGCUAACUUGGGUGUGGUGUUUGGGCCGACGCUGCUUCGACCUCAAGAGGAAACAGUCGCUGCCAUUAUGGACAUCAAAUUCCAGAACAUUGUGAUUGAAAUUUUAAUAGAAAACCAUGAGAAGAUAUUUAACACGGUGCCAGAGGCUCCGGCGUCGAACUCGCAGCUGCUGUUAUCCCGCAAGAAGAGCACGGAGUCGAAGCCUCCCUCGUGCAGCGAGCGGCCGCUGACGCUCUUCCACACGCCCCAGCCCAACGAGAAGCAGGAGAACAGGAACAGCAUCAUCAACUCCAGCCUGGAAUCCGUCAUCUCUUCAAACACAAACAGCUUCCUCAACUCCAACAGCGCUCCCCAGCCCAGCCUGAACUCGAGUGAUCUUGAACUAGAAGUAAUUAAGCCCAACAGGCCAAAUUCCCUCCCUCAGAAUCCAAGCCCAACGUCACCCCUCUCACCGUCCUGGCCCAUGUUCUCUGCGCCAUCAAGUCCUAUGCCCACCUCCUCUACGUCCAGCGACUCAUCCCCCAUCAGCUCCCCUCUGCGCAAGGCCCGCGCGCUCUACGCCUGCAAGGCCGAGCACGACUCCGAGCUCUCCUUCACGGCCGGCACCGUGUUCGACAACGUUCACCCAUCCCAGGAGCCCGGCUGGCUGGAAGGGACCCUCAACGGCAAGACAGGACUGAUCCCCGAGAACUACGUGGAGUUCCUAUAACUGUGGGGUGCACAGUGCCACUGCUGAGCGUUCCAUGGUAUCCAUGG